UUUCGCAUUCUCGCCUGAAAUGUCCGGUUACUUUGGUCAACAUUACGAAGCAGCCCUGGUACGCAAGCUUGCUCCCAGUAUUCCAAAUGCAGGGUAGGAUAUGAAGUGACGAGGCUGCUAUCCGCUAAGGCUCUCAGGAGAAAGAAGAAGGCCAGGCUGAUAUUGGAGCCGAGGUUCAACUCCAGUCUGACUCCCACCUCUUUGAUCUGUUCAGUCCCCUUCUCGUCCCUGCGUCGGACACAAUAGACCCGGCCAACAUGUCCUCUCAACCGCAGGAAGCGCCCUGGCAACCCAUCGCUCGCCGCAAACAAUCCGAGCGCGCCGCCCGCAUUCCCUCGCACUGGCAGAUCCCUUCACACCUCCUCCCGCACGACCCUCCCAGCCCAUCUCACGGCGCCCAGAACGUCCUCCACAUCCCAGCCCAAUGCCUCUCGACGUCCGAGAUCCGCAUCACAGAAUCCUACACGGUCCCCUCCCUCUUGCAGGCCAUUUUGGGCGGCAUCCUUUCCGCCGAAGAAGUAGCCACGGCCUUCUCGCACCGCGCCGCGAUAGCACACCAGCUCACCAACUGCCUGACCGAGCCACUCUUUGACUCGGCGAUCACGCGCGCGCGAUACCUGGACUCGUACCUGGCACGCCACAAGCGACCCAUCGGCCCUCUACACGGCCUCCCCGUCUCGGUCAAGGAUACCUUCAACAUCGCCGGCGUCGACAGCUCCAUCGGCCUAGCGUUUCUUUGCCACAAGCCCGCGCCGUCCAACGCGCCCCUGGUCGACCUCCUGCUGAGCCUCGGGUGCGUGAUCAUCGCGAAGACGAACGUCCCACAAACCCUGGCGUCCUUGGACUCGGUGAACAACAUCUUCGGCCGGACCAUGAACCCGAUCAACCGGCUCUGCACGGCCGGCGGGUCCUCGGGCGGCGAGGGCGUGCUCGUCGCCAUGCGCGGGUCUAUGAUCGGCAUCGGCACCGACAUCGGCGGGAGCAUCAGGGUCCCCGCCAUGUGCAACGGCGUGUACGGCUUCAAACCCUCCAACGGGCGCAUCCCGUACGGUGGGCAGGCGCUCACGGGGAUCGAAGGCAUGAGUCGCACGAGCGUCCAGGCUGUUGCGGGACCGAUCGCCCGGAGUGUCACGGACAUCGAUGUCUUCAUGCGCGAAGUCGUCCCCCGCGCCGCCCUGUGGGGUGAGGACUGUAUGCCGCUCUCCUGGUCCGGGUCCUGGUCCGAGUCCCGGUCGGGGCCAUCCAGACCGUAUGGCAGCGGGAGAAACGGUGAGUUGGUCGUCGGCGUGCUGCGCAGCGAUGGGAAUUGCGCCAUCCUACCGCCUAUGGAGAAUGUCCUGGACGAAGUGUCUGCAGGGCUGGCUGCGACGGACAACGUCAAGGUUGUAGACCUACAAUGUCCCAGGGCCUGGACCAAGUGUCAGUCCGUCAUGAGUAAGUUGAUGGGCGUGGAUGGAGGCGUCACCAUGGCCGACAUGAUUGAGAAAAUGGGCGAGCCGCUCGUCCCGUGGAUGAGCACGCGGUUUAGAAAGGGCAAGCCUCAGCCCCUCACACGGGUCGCGGAGCUGCAGGCCCAGCGCGCGCAGUUGGAGCGUGAAAUGUUGAAGAUUUGGGUCGAGGAUGACGAGGAGGGCCGCCGGACACAGAAACUGGACGCCAUUGUCUGUCCCGUCGCGCCACAUCCGGUGCCCCCGAUCGAAGGGUACAACGCCGUCGGCAUGACGAGUAGUUGGGUGUUGCUGGAUUAUCCGGCGGGUACGGUCCCCGUGAGAGAGUGCACGGAGAGCGAUCUGCAGCUCGGCAGGCCGCAGAAGAGUAGCACUGCGGGAAAGGCGUCGUUGGGAAGUUGGGACGAGAGGAAUCGCGAGUUGUGGGACGAAAAGAAAAUCGACCGGCGCGUGUAUCUGGGCACCCCGCUGAGUGUGCAGGUCGUCGUGCCUAGGCUGCAGGACGAGAAGCUGGUCCAGGUCAUGGGCUGGGUUGACAAGGCUUGUAAAAAUGGAACCGGGAAAGUGAAGGCCAAGCUGUGAGCAUGGACAUGGUAUUAUAUAUUCAUCACUCCCUAUGAGGGACUGGGUCAUUUACUCAAACGGCAUUGCAAUGAAAACAGUGCUCGCUUGGAAUGCCCCAUACUUAUGUCAUCGCUCUGCACUGACAGUCUUCCCCAAGUUCCCGUUGCUAACCAAUGAUGCAUUACUUCACAGUUUGGACGCCUGAGUUGGUGGAAGG